UUUUAUAUUUCUUUUAUUUAGAGAAAACCAAUCUACUGAGGAGAGACUGAGAAAAUGGCAAUGAAGGUGUUUUUGGCGGUUCUUCUCCCUGUUGUUUUUGGCCGUGACUGUAAAUUCAUGCCAUUCGACUGUUCUGACGUCUACAACUCAGGAGAAACAGUCAGUGGGAUUUACUCCAUCUAUCCAGCAGGAGACGUUCCUGUCUGGGUUUACUGUCACAUGACCUCAGAUGGGAAAGAUGAAGACAAAGGAGGAUGGACGGUGAUUCAGAGGAGAAUGGACGGCAGUGUGAAUUUCUAUCGGCCGUGGAAUCAGUACAAGAGAGGAUUCGGGAAUGUGGAGAGCGAAUACUGGCUGGGGCUGGAGAACAUGUACCAGCUGACACGUAACAGGAAUUACAUUCUGAGAGUGGAUCUGGAGGACUUUGAAGGAAGGAAGGGUUUUGCUCAGUACUCGUCCUUCUCUGUGGAUUGUGAAUGUGCUGGAUAUAAACUACAAGUUUCAGGGUUCAAGAAUGGAGGAGCAGGCGACUCUUUGACCCAACACAAUAAUCAGAAGUUCUCCACCUUUGACAAAGAUCAAGAUGUCUUUGAGAAGAGCUGUGCCAAACAGUAUCUCGGGGGGUUUUGGUACAAAAACUGUCACACUACAAACCCCAACGGUGUGUAUUUAUGGGGGGAAGAUCCCACUCAUUUCGCCAUUGGUAUUGCUUGGCACAGCUGGAAAGGGAAUUACGCUAUCAGUAUGAAAUCCAUCAGCAUGAAGAUCAAAAGUAUAAACUAACAUUACAGUAGUAUGUGUACAGCCGAACACAUAGCCUUUCAAAGUAUACUCCAUUUGACAGUGUGCAGAAACACAGGCACUCAA